AUGUCGAUCUAUAAAUCCAAUAUUCAAGUUGAAAUCCCACGGAAUCUCAGCCUCACGGAGCUUUUGCACUCCAGUGCAAGAUCGCCACCAGUGCCUGACAGCCACAUUGUCUUCGAAGAUGAUUUGCAAGGGAGACAGCUUACCCUUGGAGAACUUCGGAAGAGUGCAGGAGCAAUCGCAUUCGCAUUGCAGGAAUAUUACCAGCCAAAAGAUCAAACCCGAUGGACCGUGAUUCUUCCGAAUUGCGUGGCAUUGAUCGAAGCGGCUCACGCCAUCCUAUGGCUUGGUGGAGUUUUUUGCCCCGUCAACCAUCAGCUACCCGUCCAAGACUUUGCUCAUGCACUCUCACUGACACAGUCCGAGUAUAUCAUCGCCUACGGACCCCUCGUCGCCAAAGUCAAAGAGGCUAUUGGUUUAGCAAAGCGGAAGCAUCCUGGGUUUCAAACGCCGCAUAUACUGGUAGCAUUGGCUCCAAAAUAUUCUUCUUCUUACAGAGAUCUCUACGAGAACAUACGCUAUGACAAGAUCCUACCCGUGCCGCACUACAACAACACAGAAAACCGGCUCGCCAGUAUUCACUUGUCGUCAGGCACGACAGGUCUCCCAAAAGGAGUCAAAAUAUCACAUCUUAAUUAUAUCGCGAAUGUGCAUCAACUAUUUGCACAUGACCCUGAGCGUUGGACUAUGGAAGAAUCUGUUGUUGCCAUCACACCAUUCGUUCACCUAGCCAACGGGACAGUCCCCUUCUUUCUCGGGCCCUGGACAGGCAUAAAGCACAUAAUCAUGAGCUCACCUGAAAAGUUCUGGGAGACGACGCAGAGAGCACGACCUACCACGAUCCAGCUUGUGCCCCCUAUCGCUCGAGACCUUUUCCUUCAUGAACGCGACAAGACCUACGAUCUCUCUAGCGUGAAGAGAGUCAGUCCAAGUAUCGGGAAUGCCACGGCAGAAGAAGUUGAGAAGUACUUUGGGCCAGGGAAAUGGGCCCUUCUGAACAUGUAUGGCAUGACUGAGGCGGCUUGCUGGAUUACGGCGACCAGGACGACAGAUCCUGUGGCACCAGACGAGAUUGGAACUCUUCUCCCUGGGAUUGAGGCAAGGCUUAUCACCGAAGACCGCGAGGAUACGCCUACUGGAGGGCCAGGGGAGCUCUGGCUUCGGGGACUCAACAUCACCAAAGGCUACCUGGACAACGAAAGUGCCAACCAGCAAGCGUUCCCUGAGGGUGAUUGGUUCAAUACUGGUGACGUUGUUUCCAUCUCUUCUCAGGGUACUUUCAAGCUUGUAGGGCGAACAAAGGAGCUCAUCAAGUACAACGGGUUCCAAGUGAGUCCCUCGGAGCUGGAGCAGUACAUCUCAGCCCACCCUGCAGCUGCCUACUGCGCCGUGUCAUAUACAUUGGAUCCCCACAACAACGAAUUGCCAACCGCAUAUAUUGUCCUGAAGGAUGGUGAGUCGGAUGAGGCAACGAAGCUUGCACAGCUCCGUGAGAUCCAUGAACUCGUAGACAGCCAGGUGGCAGGAUACAAGAAGCUUCGAGGAGGGGUAUGGGAAGUAUCAAAGAUUGCGAGGAAUGCAACUGCAAAGAUCAUCCGACGAGAACUGCAUUCGCACAAUACAGGAUUGGUGUCAAGAUUGGAAUAUGGAAGGGCGGCUGGGUCUAAGCUUUGA